GUAAAAAGAGGCGUGUUUUGUCUAGUGUUAUGCAAAGUUCAAGUAGCUAUAUAACUCCACUUAAAAAUAAUUAUCCUGCUAACUAGCUAGCUACCAAAAGAUGUCGUUUUACAGAAACGCCGUUUGGUUCGUUAAAGGGCUUCAAGAAUACACAAAAAGCGGAUAUGAAGCAGCAGCUAAGCAGUUUAAUACUGGGGACCUGGACGUAAACCUGAGUGGCAGGUCUUUUGUAAUUACUGGGGCCAACAGCGGCAUUGGAAAAGCUACUGCCCAUGAAAUAGCCAAAAGAGGAGGGAUUGUCCACCUGGUGUGUCGUAACAAGGAACGGGCACAGGAGGCGAAGGAGGAGCUGGUGGAACAAAGUAAAAACCAGAAUGUCCAUGUUCACAUCGUUGACAUGUCCAGUGCAAGACAAGUGUGGGAGUUUGCAGAGAGCUUCUCAAAAAGCAACAGCAUUCAUGUACUGAUCAACAAUGCAGGGUGUAUGGUAAACCAGAAAGAGCUGACAGAGGAAGGUGUAGAGAAGAACUUUGCUACGAACACUCUCGGUACCUUCAUCCUAACCACAGCGUUGAUACCAGCCCUGAAACAGGCACAGGACCCACGAGUGAUCACAGUGUCUUCAGGGGGCAUGCUGGUCCAGAAGAUGAAUGUAGACGACCUGCAGUCUGAGAAGGGGACGUUCGACGGCACUAUGGCCUACGCUCAGAAUAAAAGACAACAGGUGAUACUGACCGAGAGAUGGGCGUCCCAGCAUAAAGAGAUCCAUUUCUCAUCAAUGCACCCUGGCUGGGCUGAUACUCCAGCUGUCCAGUUGUCCAUGCCUGACUUCCAUGCUAAGAUGAAGAACAAGCUGCGUACGGAGUCCAUGGGGGCCGACACGGUGGUGUGGCUGGCUGUCUCAGCAGUGGCCUCCAACCAGCCCAGUGGACUCUUCUUCCAGGACCGAAUGGCGGUGCCCACACACCUUCCGCUGGCUUUAUCCAGGUCCUCUCCGGCCGAUGAGGAGAAGCUGCAGGCAAUAUUGGAGCAGCUCGCACACAAGUUCAAACCUUGACCUCUCCUACAGUGGUCAAAAGGUUAUGAACAGACACCCUCAAGCCCAUGUGUCCGUUGACAAACACUCCUCUUUAUAGAUAUGCACUGUAUAAAGCGGACAUAGCGGUAAUAUUUUUACAACAAUUUUCUAUUUAUGAUGAUGAUCUGUAAAUUGAUUGCUUGCUAUUGCUAAGAUCAAAGUGUAGCCACACAGAGCAUUUCAGUGGCUCAUAUUUGGGGUAGAGGCCUUCACUGGUCGUUCUGAAAUGGACCUGGGGUUUUCCCAUCCAGACCUGAAAUGCAUAAAUUUGUAAAAAAAGAAAUAUAGAAGCCCGUUCAGUACAACUAGACCCGGUCCGUUCCGAGUAAGACAAGCAGCAGAAAGGUCCAUUUAAAAAAAAAAAAAGCUACUUUAUUAACUGGAGCUGAUAAAAAGGGGAGGUAGAGAGAGUGACGCUCUAGCAGGGGCUGUGCUGUGUGUGUAGUAUGCUGUGAGAGGGAAACCGCAACCAACCAAGCCGACUUACGCUGUAGUAGAAUAAUAGCUGCCAUUGCUAGGUUAUCAUCCAAUAUGAUUACGUAGUACCUGUCUUGACUGCACCAAACUGGGAGAAGAUAGCUAGGCUAAUUGAGGCUGCAUGCACUUUCUCGUCCUACACAUUUACAAACAACAAUGACUCCAUUCCACAGGAGGUUGGUGGCACCUUAUUUGGGGAGAACAGGCUCGUGGUAUUGACUGGAGUGGAAUGGUAUCAAACACAUGCAUGGAACACCACAAAUAAAUAAUCCUAACGUUUAAAUCUAUAAAUAUACAAAAAUAAGACUCAUUAAUAUCAAAGACGAAUAGAAACCAAUUGUAGUAUAUAAAUACAAAUAGAAAAUAAAAUUGAAUUAUUACCCUAUUGCUAACAAAAAACACAAAUAAAACAAACUUGCACAAAUCCUAUUUUACACAAAUAGAAUAACACACAAGAGAACCUGAUUUAUUGCACUUCAAACAAUAAACACACAAACUAAAUUGCACAACUAGUUGUAUUAGUACUGUACAAAGUUAGAGGUGUGCUAUUUGAUUGCCCUGCUCCCCCUAUCUCGGGCUUCCAGUAGGGAGACCUGAAGUCAACCUACCUCCGCCGCCUCCCCAUCUUGUACUUCUGAGUGUGAAACCUUCCCAGGCAGUUGCCUGCCUAGCUCACAAACUAGAAUCAGGGCACCCACUCGGUGACAUGAUAUCAUUGAGGUGACGUGCAAAUGAGUGAUAGACUAUUUGCGCAAAUGUCACCAUUCGGAUUAUUAUUAUUAUUAAAAUAAAAUUGUACGGCCGCCCCCGGCAAGAUGCUGGCCAUAUCGCCUAUGCCGAAAUCUGCCACUGAACACAUGGUUUCUAGGUGUUUGAUGCCAUUCCAUGCUCUGUUCCCAUUGGCGGUUCUAGACCAUUUCAACUGGGGGGGCCAAGCUGGGGCCAUUUGUACUGUUCGAGGGGCCAGUUACAUUAGAUGUUAUUGUUAUCUUUUUCUUCACUGCAUUGCAGGCAUUAGCAGUCAAAAGACCAUGUUCAUAAUCAGCAUCGUUGCCACUUUCUAAUAACGAAUGUAAAAAAAGAACAAUAGCAAACAUUUUCAUACUGCACAUUUAGGGGGGCCACAAGGAGGUCCAAAAUUGUUGUCACGGGGACACUGCCUGUUCCGGCCAUCAUUAUGAGCCGUUCUCCCCUAAGCAGCCUCCACUGCUCCAUUCAGAAUAUAAAGUAGCAGCCUACCUGUGGGCUCUUCGUCGUUGUAGCCUAUCCUUCUCCUUUUAACUUAAUUCCAUUUUAAUUCAAUCUUCUAUUGAUUAGGUAUCUCCUAACUUUUGCCCCAUGUGGAGGCUCUAUGACUGUAGCCUAUUACCGCUUUGAUUACCUAUGAUUGGCCAACAACAAGCUACAUGCACCAGUCUCGUGAAUAAAUUAUACCAUUUCUCUCUUUACUGCAGCAGUCGAGUUCAGGUCUUUAUGGGUCAUUCUGGACAAGUCAGUUAACAUUACACAUAGCUGAGACCAGUGACAAUCAGAUCCAACCCAGACCCGUGACAUUAUUAUUUAGAAUUCUCGAUCGACCCGAUCGAGUAUCAGGAAUUUGGGUACAGGGGGAUCCGUGAAGACCUCUAGUUUGGUGUCAUUUGAUGCUUCAUAACGUUUUACACCGUACUACUUUCCUCAAAUUCUUCUACAAAGGCUUUUCCAUUAGCUUGAAGGUUGCAUACUACGUACAGUUCAGUACUAAUACAGUACAUAGUGAUUACGUCAGAACUUCUGGAAACUGGACCUUCUAUUUCAGAAUGUGCUCUAGCCAGGCAGCUGCUUUAGGUUGAUGGAUGAAUAAAUCAUGUUUUACUCAGAUUUAGCAGUUAUGUUUGGAGUAAAAGCAACACAGCACAUCACCCUGACCACACCAUCCCCACUAUCAAACAUGGUGGUGGCAGCAUCAUGGUUUGGGCCUGCUUGUCUUCAGCAGGGACAGGGAAGAUGGUUAAAAUUGAUGGGAAGAUGGAUGGAGCCAAAUACAGGACCAUUCUGGAAGAAGACCUGAUGGAGUCUGCAAAAGACUUGAGACUGGGACGGAGAUUUGUCUUCCAACAAGACAAUGAUCCAAAACAUAAAGCAAAAUCUACAAUGGAAUGGUUCAAAAAUAAACAUAUCCAGGUGUUAGAAUGGCCAAGUCAAAGUCCAGACCUGAAUCCAAUCGAGAAUCUGUGGAAAGAACUGAAAACUGCUGUUCGCAAAUGCUCUCCAUCCAACCUCACUGAGCUCGAGCUGUUUUGCAAGGAGGAAUGGGAAAAAAUUUGUCUCUCGAUGUGCAAAACUGAUAGAGACAUACCCCAAGCAACUUACAGCUGUAAUCGCAGCAAAAGGUGGCGCUACAAAGUAUUAACUUAAGGGGGCUGAAUAAUUUUGCACGCCCAAUUUUUCAGUUUUUGAUUUGUUAAAAAAGUUUGAAAUAUCCAAUAAAUGUCGUUCCACUUCA